AGGAGGAGGGGGGGAGUGUAGCAAAGCAAAGCUAGGAACAACAAGGAGAGAGUCGGGGAGGGAUUAUCAGUGCACUAUGCUUAUCUACAUGUGAUAUGGUUGCGAACAAAAGUAUCCAAAGGUUUUUUAUUUUCACCCGGAGCUCAGCGGUUUGACAACCACAUGAAGGCCCGGAUCAAUCUAAGUUUAUGUUAGCAGUGUGACGUGAGUUAGCUCCCGCUGCUAGCUAACUCCUGCGGCUGACUUCAAACAACUUGUCAACAGCCGAUCGAUCCUGGACGAGGACUCGGGACUGUUUUCGCUCCGUGUUUAUUUUAGCCUGUUUCUCGUAGCGUAAAAACCUCCAGAAGCAGCAGCAGCAGCACUAUUGGGAGAGCAGUGGAACUAUGAUGGCAACGUGACAGGAGGGGAGCCGCUGAGUCAGCUUCAACAGGAACCAUGGAAUGGUUUCAGCAAACUGCCACAGAGCAGCACGACAGGGUGAACGGCCACUGCAAGCCCAAAUCCCCCCAGGACACGGCUGACGUCAGGUGGACACCACCAGAGGGAGAGUCUGGAGGUUCGGACAGCUGUGGGGGGACUAGUGUUUCGGAGCUGACAGACUUGCAAGAGUUAAAGGCCAGGGAAAGUGAGGAUGAAGAGGACAAGGAGGAGAAGGAGGUAGUUCCUCCCUCUAAAGGCCUGAAAGGGGACCAGAAGAAAAAAGAGAAAGAGAGUCCGGAUCAGGAGGAGAACAAUCACAGUAAGCAAAACAGCAGUGCAGCAACUAGCUACACAGACCUGUCCCAUACCUCAUCGCCCUCGCUGUCAGAACAGCUGCGUCUUGGCCGAGAAGACAGCACAGGGUCUGGGAUCAGCGUGGAGUGUAAGGUCUGCGGGGACAAGGCCUCGGGCUUCCACUAUGGUGUGCAUGCCUGUGAAGGUUGCAAGGGCUUUUUCCGACGAACCGUGCGGAUGAAACUGGAAUAUGAUCGCUGCGAGCGGUCCUGCAAGAUUCAGAAGAAGAACCGUAAUAAGUGCCAAUAUUGUCGCUUCCAGAAGUGCCUGUCUUUGGGAAUGUCCCAUGAUGCGAUCCGAUAUGGACGUAUGCCUGAGGCGGAGAGGAAGAAGCUGGUGGCAGGGCUGCUUGCAGAGGAACUGAACCUCAGCAAACCAGGUGGCUCAGACCUGAAAUCCUUGGCCAAACAAGUCAACACAGCCUACUUGAAGAACCUCAGUAUGACCAAGAAGAGGGCCCGCACAAUCCUGUCGGGCAAAACCAGCAGCACCUCGCCGUUUGUGAUCUACGACAUGGACACACUCUGGAAGGCAGAAAGUGGUUUGGUAUGGAGCCAGUUAGUUCCUGGUGCACCCCUAACCAAAGAGAUCGGGGUCCAUGUGUUCUACCGCUGCCAGUGCACCACAGUGGAGACGGUGCGAGAGCUCACCGAGUUUGCCAAGUGCAUUCCGGGGUUUGUAGACCUCUACCUUAAUGACCAGGUGACUUUGCUGAAGUAUGGUGUGCAUGAGGCUAUUUUUGCCAUGCUGCCCUCUCUCAUGAACAAAGAUGGACUGUUGGUAGCCAAUGGUAAAGGCUUUGUGACCAGGGAGUUCCUGCGCAGCUUAAGAAAGCCCUUCAGUGAGAUCAUGGAGCCCAAGUUUGAGUUUGCUGUCAAGUUUAAUGCCCUGGAGCUGGAUGACAGUGACCUGGCCCUGUUUGUUGCUGCCAUUAUUCUCUGUGGAGAUCGUCCCGGGCUAAUGAACGUGAAGCAGGUGGAGCAGAGUCAAGACAACAUCCUCCAGGCCCUGGACCUCCACCUACAAGCAAACCACUCUGACUCAGUCUACCUCUUCCCCAAGCUGCUGCAGAAGAUGGCUGACCUCCGUCAGCUAGUUACUGAGAACGUUCAGCUUGUCCAAAAGAUCAAAAAGACUGAGUCGGAGACCUCGCUCCACCCUCUACUACAGGAGAUCUACAAAGACAUGUAUUAGUGUUCUCCAGCACAGACUGCUUUUAGCAAUACUGUUACAGACUGAAUUCACAUUCAUGAUACUACACUGCAUUCAGUACAAGCACUGUUCCAUGUACGGGCGUGGAUUUUAACGUGCAGAUGAGGCAAAGUCACGUGGUAGGGCUAACACAAUCAGCAAAGUCUUCUCAAUGUCAGCAUUACCCUCAGCACAGUUGUGUGUGAGUGUGUGUGUGUGAGAGUGUGAGAGUUAAGCAUCUGGAAUCAUUUGCUUCAGGUCCUAGUUUCCCACAAUGGUCACUUAACAGAGAGAAUGAUUUGUUUUCUCACCGAGGCUGCUCCUGUUACAUUCUAAUAGCAAAGCUGACCCCAGAGCGGCGUCUAUAGAGAGCUUCUCCUCACUCACCUCGGCUCUGUGUUUGUCUGCGAAGGGAAAGCAUUUCAUGUUCUUACACCAAUGGCAUAGUCGAAACAGAAAAGAGCAGUCAUUUUGUACUGUGCAGGAGUUUCUAUAUGAUGCCAGUGUCUUUGGUAGAGUGAUUGUUCUCAGGCUUUUGGUAAAGCUGAAGAUGCACAAAUUGGUUUUUGUUUACAUCAUCGCCGUCAUCAUCAUCAUCAUCAUCAUCAUCAUCAUCAUCAUCAUCAACAUCAACUGCUACUUUGCCAUUUGGUUAAUAGAACACAAACUGGGCUGGCUCCAGCAGUGUAGAGCUCUCUCAAAGCACCUGUCUGUGCAAUACCUUUUUCAUUUUUCAAUAAAUGUGGAGAUCCGAGUUAUAUAGGUUUUGUCUUAAAGCCAUCUACCCAAGUGGUAACUAAUGGACUAUGCUGCACAGAUUUUGUCUCUGAAGCUGACACUAUAAACACAUGACCCAUUGAAGUACAAGGGACCGCAUGUUUGUUUUUGUUUUUUCUUUUGACAUGCAAAUUAUCAUUAAUUUGCCAUUUUCAGUUUUUUUUCCUUAGUUUAUUCUUUGUAAUUAUGUUACUAAUUAUUUGUAAUUGUUGAUCAUAUUUGUAAGGGCAAAACAUGAAUUACCAUCUUGUUUUAUGUAUUAAGUAUAUGUCUUCUUUCAUAUUACAUGCCUGCCUAUUUAGGUUGUACCAAAUAUAUCGUCAAGCAUACCAACAAAUGUUUCCUUGAUGAGGAAUUUGGAUUUUUACACCUUAGCAGGAUUUACUUAAAACCAGCACACUGUCCCACGAUGUCAUUAUUGGAAAAAAUUGAUGAUUAGAAAUCCAGCAUCUGGCAUCACAAGUCGUUUCUGUAUUCACCUGAGAUAUCACCACAGUCCUUGAUUACUACCCUUUUUGUGUGCAGUCUGAUUUGUCAUGUUUGGAGAGCCACCAAGUGUAACAGCCUUACAAUACUGUAGCCAGGAUUCAUACGUAUCCAACUGUUUUUCUUUCCCUUAUAUUCUGCAGGACUUCUUUUUCCACUGUACUCUGAAUGGACUUUAGUAUGUCAGCACUGGUGCACACUGUCCACCUUCAGAAGUCUCCUCUUGUGCUCUUAAUCUGUCUUGAUCCCUAUCUACCUCUAAUGUAUGAUAUGUGACAUUA